UAACGUAAUCGGCACCCGAGCGAGCCACGUAAGCGAGCGAGCCACCCCUUUCUAGCCUCCUGCACCUCCAUGAAUUCAGGCCAUUAGAACAUCAACCACACCACCAAAAAUGCCGAAGUCGUCGAAAGACUUGGUUCAUCAAGAGGGUCGAAUUGCCUUAGCCCUUCAAGCUAUUAAAAACGGUCAAAUUACCUCUGUACGUGGCGCGGCACGGAUUUUCGAUGUUUCUCGAUCAACUCUUCAACAUCGCUUAAACGGACGGCAUUCUCGCCAGGAAAUACGUCCAAAUUCUCAUAAAUUGACUGAGAGAGAAGAAGAAUCGCUUGAAAAAUGGAUUCUCUCGCUUGAUUCUCGCGGCGCGCCACCAAGGAACUCUAUGGUUCGUGAAAUGGCCAACAUGCUGCUUAGAAAGCGCGGUGAUCAAGAUCUACAUAUCUCUGUCGGCGAGAAAUGGGUGUCUAAUUUCGUUGCUCGCCAUGAAACCUUGAAAAGUCGAUAUAGCCGCCAGCUUGAUAUUAAAAGAGCGAAAUGCGAGAAUCCAAGGACUAUUCAGGCUUGGUUUGACCGCGUUCAACUUGCUAUACGCGAAUACGGAAUUCUUGAUGAAGACAUCUUCAAUUUUGAUGAAACGGGCUUUUGUAUGGGCCAAGUCGCUACGGCUAAAGUGAUUACUCGAUCAACAUGUGAAGGAAAGCCGUUUCUUGUUCAGCCGGGUAAUCGCGAAUGGGUAACUUCAAUCGAGUGUAUUAACGCUGCUGGCUGGGCCUUACCACCGUACUUGAUUCUUAAAGGAGCUGUUCAUAUAGAAGGAUGGUAUGAAAGCCAAUUACCUUCUACAUGGAGAAUCAAUUUAUCACCAAACGGCUGGACGAGUAACGAAAUUAGUCUACACUGGCUUGAAAAUCACUUCGUUCCAUGGAUUACCAACCGCCGAGUCGGUAAAUAUAGCCUCUUGAUUCUUGAUGGCCAUGAAUCACACUUGACGCCCAAAUUUGAUGACAUCUGUUAUCAGAACAAUAUUAUUCCUGUUUGUAUGCCUGCCGGAUCAUCGCACCUCUGUCAGCCGUUGGAUGUUGCUUGUUUUGCGCCUCUAAAACAGGCGUAUUACGGCUUGGUGGAACGCCUUAUACGUGCGAGAUAUCAACAUAUCGAUAAAAAUGAUUUUCUUGAUGAGUAUCCAAAGGCUCAUUUAAUGGCGUUUAAGAGUAUCAAUAUCAAGAGUGCCUUCAGGGCUUCAGGCCUGGUGCCUUUUAAGCCAAGCGAGGUGCUUGAUCAACUCAUUUAUGAAGAACCUAGCCGGCCAAGCAGUGGAGAUUCUCAAUCGACGAUUUCAAAAACACCUAUGAAUGCAAAGCAAUUCAAGAAGCAAGAACUAAGGUUUCAACAGCUCCUUAGUAACGACAUGAUUAAUACACCAAUGAAAUCGGCGCUGGGCUAUAUUUUUAAGGGUGCCGAAAUGGCCUUGAAUCGAGCGGUUUUAAUAGAACAGGAAGUCCAAGAGCUCCGUUGGGCGAACGAAAAGCGAGACACCAAGAAGAGGCGGAGUAAGAAACAGAUCGCAGGCUUAAAUGGCUUCACCGUUGAAGAAGCCAGGGAGGUUUUCCAGCGUGAUCGCGCGAGAGAUGAAGCUAUUGGAAUCAUACCUGGCCAGGAAGAUCAACCUCGCCGCCGGGCACCGCCUCGGUGUAGUGAGUGUCACAAUUUAGGCCAUAUACGUACACGGUGCCCUAAUCGGGUAACUGCCUGAAAAUGGGCGAUUUAAACUGCGAUUUGAAGCCUAAAAAACACCACUUUCUUGUAUGUAAAUCAGAAUUGCAUGUGGGCGGCAUUGGCCGCGGAAGGGGUGGCUCGCUCGCUUACGUGGCUCGCUC